UGCUGGAGGCAGUGGCACCCACCCUCGAGGACUUGGGCCUGGAUCACUGUGGGAUGGCGGAUUCCCACGUCGAGGCCAUCCUGCCUGUCCUGAGCCGCUGUCACCAGCUCAGGGUCUUCACCAUCUCUGAGAACAACUUUUCCGUGGCCACCGUGGAGAAGCUGCUGCGCCACACAGCCGGGCUGCGCAGCUUAGAGCUCGAGCUGUACCCCGUCCCCCUGGAGUGUUACAGGAUCCAGGGGACUGUCAACAAGGAGAGACUUGCGCUGAUCCGGGCUGAGCUCACGGGGGUACUGAGGGAGUUAGGACAGCCCAGGACCAUCUGUCUUGGCAAAUGUGGCAAAAGUAAAGUUUAUGAGGUGGAGUUUUCAUGACGUGUAGCCGUGCUGUGCCCCUGUAAUGACCCUGCUCAGUGGGAACACUCAGCAGAAGCUUUGUUCUGGUCCCUUGGAGGCUAUAAUAUAGAACCAGGUGCAUUAUGCAGGGGGCACCCACGUUCCAGAUUCAUGCUCCUGUGAAUGGGGAAAGGAAGGGACCAAGCCCAGGUCCACGAUUACAGGGGCAAAUGUUGGGGAGUUCAUGGGACCUCAGGGGGCAAGUGUCUUAGAAUCAGAAAUAUGAAUCUGAUGUGCUUGGAAGAGGGGGCGGCGGGGUA